CCGGGGGUGACGUCACCUCCCAUAGCACCGACGGACAACACGCGGAUCCCUGUCUACGUGGCGGGGCGGAAGGAGCGCGUCUAGCGGAGAGAGUUGUCAGCAGCGAGACUAACCGAUGAACAUGUCUGACUCCAACCCUCCCAUAUUCCCCCCCGCUCCUCUCUCUGAACCCCCCCCACACCGACGCCAACCCCCAGGAGAAGACACACACACAGCUCUCCCGCCUCCCACCACCCGUCCCCCAGCCCCUCGUUGGCCACGGAGGGUUCCGAGGACUCUGAGCCAGCCAACAGGUGCGCAGGAGAGGACGUGACCAGGGACGACAGAGAUGAGGCUCCUAUUGACCAAUCAGGGGGCGGCGGCGUGGAGGGAUCAGGUGACUGAAUGUGGCCAAUUGGUGAGCCUGGAGGCGGGAGACCGCUGCUGCCGAGGGGGAGGAAGAGGACUCUCUUCAGGUCAAGGGGAAAGGUUGGGGUGGAUGGGGCUCCUGGGGGAAGUCUCUACUGACCAGUGCCACGUCUACUGUGGGUAACAGUCUAACUUCAGUAAAGGAGAAGGCCGGAGCUCUGCGUCUUCACAGGAACUCAGUAGGAGAGGAGGCGCGAGAGGAGGGAGAGGAGGAGAGGAAGGAGGGAGGAGAGGAGGAAGAGGAGGAUAGCUGUCCUCAGUCAGCCCUUGUCUCCACUCCACCACCAAGCAGAGGAGUACUGUCUACCAUCACACACGCUGGUAAAUCAGUGAUCAGUGGAGGUCUCGAUGCCUUAGAGUUCAUCGGUAAGAGAACCAUGACGGUCCUGGCAGAGACUGACCCUGGUUUCAGGAAGACCAAGAUACUAAUGCAGAGGACUGUCUCACUCAGCCAGAUGCUGAAGGAUGCCAAGGAGAAGGAGAGGGCUCGUCUCAGCUGCCAGCCAAUCAGUGAGCCCACAGCUCACUACGGAAUCCUGUUUGAUGACUACCAGGGCCUAUCACACCUAGAGGCUCUGGAGAUUCUGGCCAAUGAGAGUGAGGCUAAGGUUCAGUCGUUCCUCUCCUCCCUGGAAGAGGAGGAUCAGGAGGAGAUAAAGAAAGAACUGAUCGCCAUAAAGGACAUCUUUGUCAGCCACACGGGAGAGGAGAAGGAGGAGGAGGGAGAGGAGAAGAAGGAGGAGGGAGAGGAGAAGGAGGAGGGAGAGGAGACAGUGGAUAGGGGUGAUCUAAGUCCCCAGUGUUCUACUCCUCUGUCAACUGAUGGGGAGGAGUUUGUGAGCGUUCUGACUGAGUUGCUGUUUGAGCUUCACGUCGCUGCCACCCCAGACAAACUCAACAAGGCCAGGAUGAGAGCGCAUGAUUGGGUGAGAGAGGUGGAGAAACCUGUCGUCGUCACAGAAACCAUCGGGGGGGCGACGGAGGAGGAGCAAAGAGGAGAACCUGAAAUAAGAGAGGGAGAGGAAGAGAAGAAAGAGGGGGAGGAGCUAAAGGAGAAGAAAGAGGGGGAGGAGCUGGAGGAGAAGAAAGAGGAGGAGGAGCUAAAGGAGAAGAAAGAGGGGGAGGAGCUGGAGGAGAAGAAAGAGGGGGAGGAGCUGGAGGAGAAGAAAGAGGGGGAGGAGCUAAAGGAGAAGAAAGAGGGGGAGGAGGUAAAGGAGAAUGAGGAAGAGAGACGAUCCAGGUCUGUAGAGGCAGUGUACCUCUGUUCAGUGGGCUCCCUGGCAGAGGUGACAGCCCGCAGUAUCGAACAGCUCCACAAGGUGGCAGAGUUGAUCCUCCACGGACAGGACCUGGAGAAACCUGCCAGAGACCAGGCUCACAUACUCACCAGGUUGACGUGUGCCAUGUGUCGGGAGGUGGGUUGUCUUGCCAGGAAGUUCUCUGGUACUCUGCUCACCGUUGGGGUUCAGAGAAAAGCAGAAGAGUUGAACCCUUUGGUAGACAGUGUGCUGCUUGAGGGUUCUAACAGCACCACAUACAUCCAGAACGCCUUCCAGCUCCUCCUCCCGGUUCUCCAGAUGUCACACAUCCAGACCCAGAGCUCUAGGACCCGCACGGAACCACAGCCCUAACCCUGUCGUAGCCACAGUAAAUACACCUCAUACUGCUGAAGUGCUGUUAGCAUACUAGCCAGUCCUAAUGAUGUAACUAUGUACAGGAAGAUAAUGUGAUAUAUAUAUAAAUAACAGCGAUACGGAAGUCAACUACUAGGUUGCCAUAGUAACAGACUGACUAGGAUAUCUUUAAACUAUUAGGUAAUGCAGUAACUUAGUAUAGUUUCAUGUAAGGGGAACAACUUCUCAGAUUGAAGAGCUUGUACUCAUGUCUAUUAAGCAUCUCCAAAUUGAUUAUUUUAUUAUAUAUACACAUAUAUAUUAAUCAUAUUUAUAUAUAUAUUUAUAUAUUACUGCUCAGAGGUAAAUCUAAACAUGAUUCAUGUCAACUGGCUAAUUUAACCCGGUGUAUCAGAUUAUGUCUUAUCGUUUUAAAAAGCGAAACCCAAAAAAUAGUUUGUUUUUAGUGUCACGUAAAACCAGAUCAGUGCAGUGUGUUGUUUAACAGUGGCGUCCCUGAAGCAUAUUAGGGUUCAGUGCUUUUCUCAAAAAGACACAUCGACAUAUUUUUCCAGUUGUUUGUUGCUUUGUCAGCUCAGGUGUUCGAACCAGAGACCUUUGGGUUCCUGGGCCCAAUGCGCUAACCGCUAGGGUACCUGCUGGUUACUGGCCCAGCGCGCUAACCGCUAGGCUACAUGCUGGUUCCUGGGCCCAACGCGCUAACCGCUAGGCUACAUGCCGCAGGUAUUGAUGUUCCCUGCUUAAUGAAGGGGUGUUUCUUUACAUCGCAGAACAACUGACCUUGUUUAAAUGGCAGAACAACAAACCUUGACAUUAACGGACAAAGACAAAAAAGGACCAGCACUAUAAUGCUCUAUAUUUCUAUUUCUGUGUGUUUAUUGUUUUUAGGUCCACUGGUUUAUUAAGUCGUUGUUGGAUCAUUUAUUAAUCUGCUGCUAUGGUAACGGAGAUGGAAUCUGACAACGGAACCUGUAAUCACAAAAUAACAACAACGAAAAAUAAAAACACCUUUUUUAAACCUUU